AUGAGCGAUCAGAAUCCAGAUGCUGGAAAGUCGGAUGAAUUCGACGUGGCGCAUCGGCUGACCCGAUUGGCGCAGAUUCCGAUGCUGAUCGGCCUUUCGGUCGGCAUGGUCCUUUUUCUGAUUACGUUUUUCGUUGAUAUCUACGACGCGGUCGCCACCUACGAGUUUCUGGACCGCAAGAAGACGAUCCUGCUGAUCCUCAACCUGCUGGACAUGGUUUUCAUCGCCAAUCUGGUGGUGAUGGUGGCCAACAACACCUACAACACCUUCCGUCUGAAAUCUUCCGCCCACGGCGAAGGGUUCAUCAAGGAAAGCGAAAGGGCUUAUCGACGGAUGAAGCAUCGGAUCGUGUCGACGAUCGUCAUCAUCUCGUCGAUCCAUGUUCUCAGCGAACUUUUGGAGUCGCCGCCCUGUUCGGGUUCCACCUGA